CUCCUUUUCUAUGCGACUAGCUGCGAGAGAAGGACUGCCCGUGACCAUUCUGGAAAUCUUGGAGAAGCUCACGAGUAUCAGGGGGAGGCGCCUUCACUCGUCGAGGCGAGAAUCGUGGCCGACAAGAAGACAACAGCCGCUUCAGACGCUCUAAUUGGGAACAUCCCGGGACCGCGGCCUCUAGGCAGGUGUGGUGACCUGUCCNCGAUGAGGAACAACCGUGUGAGGCGCCUCAAGCGGACGAGCGNAAGCCGACGAGAUUUGACCUGCUGUGCUCGCGGCUGUCAAGUUGAGGCGCGCUCGGUCGUUCAGACGAGAAGCUGGUCAGCAAGAAGACAACAACCGCCUCUGGAUCUUGCUUUGCCUAUGAACACUGGAGCCCGGAGGUAGCUUUGCAACCUAUCAGCGAUGGAUAACUUCAGAGGAGGUAUGUGCAGCGAACGAAGAGUAUCUGCCCGCGCCAAGUGCUCUGCCGGAUGCCGCCAGCCUUUGAGGCUUGCUCGCUCGUCGGAUCUAGCUCGUGGCUCGACAGCAACA